UUGUCAAAGUGGCAUACCUUUACCUCGUAGUUCCGCAGUGCAUUGACGCACCUCUCGGCGGUGCCAGUGAUUUGAGCAGAGCAGGUGUAAGGUUACUGUUUGGUGAAAACAGGAAAACCCGCUGACCCAACUUCAACAACGUGACCGCUCUAAAAUAUGGCCGACGAGAAGAGUCUUCACUCCGCGAUUGUAAAGUAAUUCCCCUUCGUCCACCUGGACGUAAGAGAAACCCAAACAACGAGAAAAGUUCGGAAAAUGAGUGAUCAUGGGCGCCGUCCAAGGAGAAAUUCACCGGAGCCAGAUUCACCGAACAGCCGUACAGAGUGUUGCCCAGAGCCGGGAUGUUUGGAGGAGGACAAAGAGAUAGCUUCCCAAGCCGUUUUGUUUGUUAUCAACGGUGCGAGGAAAGGAGCCGUUCAUCUCUGCUCAAGCAUAGCAGAAUUACUCCGAGAAAAUCGUCGUUUACAGAGGAUAGUGGAGGCCCAGAGGGCUGUCAUUGAGCAGCUGAGGAGCGCCACUCCGGUUGUCCGAGGUCCGGCAUCGCCCGGUGGAGCUCAGACCCGCGCCCCCCACACCCCCUCCAGCUCCUCCAGCCAUUCCUCCCCCUCCCUCUACCUGUCCACCUCCCAGGCAGCCGUGUUAUGCCUCAGCGUGGCCUUUUCUGUCACUCUCCCUCAGGACACCAGUGUCUCAUCCUCGCCCACCUCGAGAAGGAGCAGUCUCUCACCCGGGGCCCGCCCCCCCAGUCUCCCACCCCUGGCAUCGCCCCAGCCCAGUGACCUCACACUGCACCGGAAGGUGACAGCAGAUCACGUUCAAGUAGCAAUGCACCAGAUGGAGUGUCCGAGGUUGCCAACCCCCCUCGUAGACCCCUGUUCCAGCUCCCCUCACUUCCGGAGGAGAGACUCACGCACACGGCACAGUGAGGCCAGGAAGAGUGAAGGAAGCACUAAGGAACAGUAUUCUCCAGACAGUGAUGCACUAACCUCAGGCAAAAAACACAAGAGAAAGGAGAAACACGUAAGUGGUGACGUGACAGAGGAACCAGGGGCUGAGAGGAUGCCUGCUGACCCGGGAGAGGACCAGAGGGGUUCUCCUCCACACCCUCGUGCCUCAGAGAGGCCAGACUCCACGGUGCUGAACAGGAAGAAGCAUCGUUUGAAGCUGAAUGACCGUGUGGUGCUGGACAGGAAGCAGAAAGGGGCCGUCCGCUACAUCGGACGUCUGGAGACCGCAGCCAGCAGCGAGGUCUUUAUCGGCGUGGAGCUGGACACGGCCUGUGGAGACAAUGAUGGAACCCUGAGUGGGAGAAGGUAUUUCAAAUGCAAGCCCAGUCAUGGUACUUUUGUCACAAUAUCACAAAUUAAGAAGCUCUCCAAGCCCACUGGUUCCUGUGACGACCGUGACAGCCACGCGAACAGGCCAGACUCCAGCGACUCGGAGGGAGGGGGGAGCUCUGCCCCCAGGAAGAGCCCCAAAAACAGGCUCCGCAGGACGAGGAACCUGAUGGACAUCAACGCGCUGGUCCACUGCGACCCUGAACCACGGGGCAGCAGAGCGGGGCGAGAGGGUGUGUCCUGACCUGGAAGAGGGAGACUGGGCUGUGUCUCUCCCAGAGUCUCGCAUACGCACAUGCACACAACUACGAUCUGCUCUGAAGGAUUCAGCAAGGACUGAACACUUCCAGAGGCUUCCAUACUUACCAGAAUCUAUCCCAUGGUCCUCGGACAGGUCGUCUCAUCCUCUGCCGCCCCAAUCAAAUGGGACCCUAGGGUAAAGGAACCUGCCUGCUGAUCUCAUUAAGCUGUGGGGAUGAAGACUCCCUGAGAACAGGUAGUUUCUCCAAAGCAUAUCUUUCAGCACGAGAGAAAAUGUUUUCUCAAAGUAGACUAAUAUGUUGUGCACUGAUGGACACAGAAAGUGCAAAUGCAGUGUUUAAGGUCCUUUUUUUCACCAAGAUGAAAUAACUCAGAAGCCAGACUUUGCACUCGCACAACCUUACCAGAAAAAUGACCCUUUUAAAGUUGGACCGAAAGUAUCGACUAAAGGACAUUUUUCUCAGUGCUUCUGAUGACAGGAUCUAAAACCUUGACUGAAACCUUUGACUUUUUUUUUUUUUUUAGCAGUUAAAUGUGGCUGUAGCAGCAGGCCACAGAGGAGGCAGCUAGCACGUCUCUCUGACGGGGCAGCCAAUGCCAGGGUUUAGCACAAAUUCGGGGGCGUUUCUGUCACCUGUUCAUUUCGGAUCGACUUGCUUCUAUCCAAGUGAAGUCAAGCCCAUUCUCAAAAGUUGCAGGUACAAAGAUGGCUUGAGGCAAUGAAACCGCAAUAAAGACGCACUUUAACUGAAAAAGGUCUGGCUUGUUCAGUCUGUCUGCGGGAUUU